AAGCCGUUGUCUUGCAUGAGGCUGAUCAAGUCAGCGACACUAGCAUGUACCACGGAUCAGGGAUUCCGGAUGUGUGCCAAACUUUGGCCAACCCUCGGCGAUACCCUCUGGUGUACUCUACGAGCUGCAGGCCUAUUAAGCUAACAAUAGGUUCCGAGGCCAUUGACUGCUCGCCGUGUAUCCAUGAGAGUGAUGUUCUGGCCAAGAUGCGGGAGGGUGUGUGUGAGGGGGAUCGCCUUGUGCUGAGGGGGGCAAUAAAGUUGAUGGAACAGGCUCCUGAGUGGGUGUGGGAAGACGCCGCCCUUAGGUGCAUAGGGGACUACAUGGACUGUACAUUCUACGCCGGUGAUCUUGCCAGCAGGUUUACUGUGGGCUUCAACAGAAAAGCGGAGGUGGUUGCACGUUGUGACCACCCGAGUGUUUGGUUAAUUGUCAGAAACUAUUCGGCCAUCGCGUGGGCAGCCGUGGGAAAGGCCGUUCAUAUCGUGUCCAAGACCAUCUCAAAACCGCACAAGAAGAGAAAGAAACAGCGAUCGAAAUACUAAGUUUUUAUUUUGACAUUCUCUCGAUCAGGCAGAAUACUAACAGUUUUUACUGAUAUUUUCUCGAUCAGUCCAAAUACUGACACUUCUUAUUCUCUCGAUCAGUCAAUGUUUAUCUAGCAAUUGUCGACUUCAUAUUUUAUCUUCUGUCUUAACAACGUUUGGUUAUCGAUUCCUGUAACAUUUUUGUUCAUUUCCAACAAUACAUUCAACACUUGAAGACAAGCAUUAACCUCAAGGCAUGAGAUAAUCUUCUUUUAAAGGAUAAACCGACUAUAGAAUUGAGAAUUUUUGAAUUGGUUCAGGAAAAUACAAAAAUGAGUUGCAUUUGAAUCCUAACUAAACC